AAUCACUCCUAUACAUAUAUCUAUUCCUCUCUCUCUCUCUCUCUCUCUCUCUCUCUCUCUCUCUCUCUCUCUCUCUCAUACAGACUACAACCUUUGCUGCAAAUGUCUCAUCUCCUCGUACAAUCACCGAAACAUUGCGCAAAACAUGGAAUGAACGUGGAUAAGCUCUACAAGAGGUUAUUCUACGCAAUCUCCACCUUCCUCAUCUCUAUCCUCUCCAUACUCUUCCUUACCUGGCUUAUCCUACGCCCCUCCAAGCCCCACUUCUUCCUCCAACAAACCAACGUCUACCAGCUCAACCUCUCUGGGCCCCACCUCAUUAACUCAUCCAUCGAAGCCACCUUGCUCUCCAAGAACCCAAACAAGAAAGUCGGCGUUCUCUAUGACCAAAUCCAAGCUUAUGCUUCCUACAAGGGCCAGCAGAUUACUCUACAUUCAUCUAUCCCUCCUUUCUACCAACCCCAUGAAGUUACCAACACUCUAAGUGCUUUGUUGAUGGGGAGCUGGGUCCCAGUCGCACCAUCCUUCGGCUAUGAAGUGGACCGCGAUCAGGUGUCCGGGAAGUUGUCUCUGGAUUUGAAGCUUAAUGGGCGGCUGCGAUGGAAGGUGGGGAGUUGGGUGUCCGGUCAUUACCGUUUCAACGUUGAUUGUGUGGCUGUCAUGGCUUUUGAAUCGAAUAUGGGCUUUGGGCCGAUGAGUUCGACAGAGGGGACGCAGUGUUCUACCUCUGUGUGAAGAUUACUAAGUCUGUAGUAAGUUUGGUUUGGUUUUUGUUAAUGGUUUGUAGCUAAACUUUCCUGCUUUGUGCUA